AUUGAUCAGCCUCUAGUGAUUGACAGCCGUUCGAUACGGCGCGCGCUCACGUGAUUCAAAUCCUCCGGAAUACGGCAGCGGAACACAGACUGAACCCGUACUGCUCGGUGUAGAGGUUUCCUCCGCUUCAGACAACAAAUUACACCGAAUACGGCAUCAAGAGUUCUGUCGAGAAAGAGCAGACGGUGGAAAAAAAUGGACUUGGCCCAUCAUGGUCUCGUUCUCCUUAAGCGCCUCAAUGCUCAGAGAGAGUUUGGUUUCCUCUGUGACUGUACUGUGGCCAUCGGGGAUGUUCUUUUCAAAGCCCACAAAGCCGUUCUUGCAGCGUUCUCAAACUACUUCCGAAUGCUGUUCAUCCAUCAAGACAGUAACUGUGUUCGACUGAGACCUUCAGACAUACAAGCAGAUAUCUUCAGCUACCUGCUAAACUUAAUGUACACUGGAAAAUUCACCACACAGCCCAUUGACCCGCUUCGCCUUGAGCAAGGUGUAAAAUUCCUGCAUGCCUACCCUUUAUUACAGGAGGCAAGUCGUCUUAUAAACCCUGAGUCCCAUUAUGUACCUUUGACAAACUCACUUUAUGGAGUACAGAUACCUGAUCAGACUUACAGUGGGCCUGAAAGAAAUACAGCAUGCAAGGAUGGCAUCUAUUCUAAAAACUCUGAAAGCGUUAAUCGAGAAUUUUUGGACAUUUCUAAAAUGGAUUACAGAUCGCCACAACCUGUCGGGAUAGAGUCACCCACCCAAAAUCCUGCAGCCACAAUGGUCCAACACCUCACAUAUGGCAUAAUGAGUAAGAGUGGUUCUUCCAGGAAGCAUUACGCCUGUAAUUAUUGUGGAAUCCGUUUUAACCAGAGGUGGAAGUUGAAGGAACAUCUCCUUGUCCACACCAAGCAAGCAGCUGAGCCACAUGUGUUGUCUAUGCAAAAUGAUCACACUAUUGAGCUCGAAGGUCAGGAAAUGGAGGAGGAACAUUUGCAUGCUGACAGUGAUGUUAUUAGUGAUACCGAUCAACAGGCGUGGAUGGAAGACACCCCACCGCCCUCUGAAAUUGCUGAUAUAGACAACCUGGAGGGCACUGAGAUGGGACGUCAAAUGAAACGCCGAAAAUUUGAGUGUCCGACCUGUGCUCGCAAGUUUCUUCAGAAGAGCCACUGGCGUGAGCACAUGUACAUUCACACCGGAAAGCCAUAUAAGUGCAGUGCUUGCGGAAAAAACUUCUGCAGAGCCAAUCAAGCUACUCGACACGUUUGUUUGAGUCCGGACACAGACUCGUACAUUAUGGUCAACAAACAGAGUUUGGUUAUGUGUGGUGGAGAAGACAACAGUCAAGUGGAAGCUCUCUUUCAGUCUUCUGAAAGACCUUAUAAAUGUAGCAUGUGUGCAGCACCUUUUGCAAGUCCUUCUGAGGUUCCGAAACAUCAGUGUUUGACUGAGAGUGAUGCUGUACCAUUGGCAGAAAAUUCACUGGGGGAAAAUCAAAUGAAGCACUUAGAGACAACUACACCUGAAGUAAACAUUCCUUCUUGAAAUGUCAUGCUAAAACAGUCUUAGAUUAUUGCCAGUAUUUAACUGUUUGUAUGUUUGUGUUGUUAUGAACCAAGUGAUGUGUUUUUUAAGGUCUACAGCAUUUUCAUGUCUUUUUUUUUCUAUUGAAAGGUAAUUUGUGAAUUUGUUUGAAACUAAUAAAAUGCAGAAACUUAAUGUUUCCGAUCAGAAACA